GUGUGCGUGUUGUGUGUGUGGAGUGUUUUGUGUGUGGGUGUGUCUGUCUUCUGUGUUUUCAACCUUUUCUUGUUUUUGCAGGUACAACUUUGAUUGUUUUGUUUGUAGUCAAUGUGUCUCAUGUGCAGCUGCUUUGUAACAAUGAAAAUUGUAAAAGCGCUAUAUAAAUAAAGUUGAGUUGAGUUGAGUUGAGCUAUCCUGGCAAUGCGAAGCUAGUGAAGGCGUCUGAACGUGAGGAGUCGUCCCAGUCAGAUGGUGUCGUCAGGUGAAAGGUCAUCACGGCACUUUCGGCAUUAAGGGCCAAAGAGGCACGUGCUCAAGCACCCUCCCCUGCACAUGCCUGGUCUUGUGCAAAACACAUCCCUGAACCCAAGACCACCGUAAUAACCAUCAUCCUGAGAUGAUGAUGAAGUCAUCAGUGUCUGCUGUGGCCCUGAUGGCAUUAGUGGCCUCCAGUGCCCAGGCAUUCCUGUCUUUUGGCGGUAAUGGAAACACACAUGUAACCAUUUAUGGUUACGCCAUCAUGAUGAAGAUCUAUGAGGUGUGUAAAGCAGUGGCUAAAUCUGAGGGAAGAGAAUUCGAACCAACGGGAUCAUCAGUAGAAGAACUCUUACGUGCCUGCAUGGGAACGGCCACAGGUGAGGUUUCAGGGGCCAAGCUCCUCACGGCAUUAAAUCAAAUCUACAUGCAAAACGGUCUGGUGGACCGUGACUUCAUGAGCAGCGCACCACACCAUUUCAACAACGAGGCCUUCAGUGAGGGACGUAACCUCAUCAUCCAAGGAAUAGCAGCCGUUAAAGCUAACAUCCGCGCAGACAACCUUCAGUCAGCCCGAGAAAUACUAGGCAGAGUGUGUCACACACUGCAGGAUUUCUACAGCCACAGUAACUGGGCUGAAUUGGGUUACAAAAGUCCAUAUGCCAAUCUCAUCAGACCGGAUCUUACUAUUGAGAACACAGCAGAUUUUAAGAUGCCAACAUGCAGUGACUGUGCCAGUGGCCAAUGCCCAAACUCGCUACUGCCUGCCAUUCUGAACGGGAAGUACCUCACUUCAGGAUACAUGGGGUUGUUCUCUUCUGUCAAACCUCAAGGUAAAUGCAGCCAUGGUGGGGAUGCUGAUCUAAGCAGUACCCAAAAUCCUCGUGGCGGAAUCAGUAAGGACGAGAGCCACUCUUAUAAUGCUGAUCUGCACAAUACUGCUGUAAACCUGGCAGCUGAAGCCACCCUGGAGCUGUUAGAGGAUGUCCGCGUUGUUAUAGGUGACAAGGAGUACCUUCGACUGAUGGGUAUAGCAAGUUCCGUAGUGCUGGCUUUUGUUAUUGAUACCACAGGCAGUAUGAUUGAUGACAUUGUAGAGGCCAAGAGAGUCGCCUACAACAUCAUUGACAGUAAAAAAGGAACUCAAGAUGAACCAUCUGAAUACAUUCUAGUGCCGUUUAAUGAUCCAGAAUUCGGACCACUAAUAAGGACUAGAGAUCCAGAUGCGAUGAAGUCAGAGAUUUCUAAUCUCAAAGCUAAUGAUGGAGGAGACCUACCAGAAAUGUGCUUGUCAGCUCUUCAGUUGGCUUUGGUAGGCACGCCCUCCUCCUCGCAUAUAUAUGUAUUUACAGAUGCUCCACCUAAAGACGUAGGGCUACAGAAAACCAUAAUCUCCCUCAUCCGUAGCACCAAGUCAACGGUGUCUUUCUUCAUGACGUCAACAAGAAGAAGGAAGAGGGGCAUAACAGCAGAGCCGCGCACAGAUUUUCAAGUGUAUUAUGAUGUGGCUUUGGCUUCUGGAGGUCAAGCCAUUGAGGUCUCCAAGUCCAGCCUCUCUCAGGCCACUAACAUCAUUGUUGACACCUCUACUUCAGUGCUGGUGACAAUUCUGCAGUGUUCCAGGAGUCCAGGGUGUGUUGAGAGUUUCCCCUUCCUGCUGGAUGAGUCUGUAUCUAAUGCUAUUGUUUACGUCACAGGAAAUGGCCUCGCGUACACCCUACGCAGCCCUUCGGGUUCGUCUCAAUCUAGUACGGUUUUAAAUGGAAUACUGGGAACAAUUCAUAAAGUUGGAAACCUGCAACGAAUCCAGUUGAACGGAACUGAGAAGGGCCUGUGGCACAUUGACAUGACAUCGACUCAGCCCUACACCAUAAAAAUCACCGGUCAGAGCACUAUUACGUUCAUUUAUGACUUUGUGGAGGAGUUCAAGGGACCCCAUCCUGGUUACGCUGUUAUAGAUGGACAUCCACCAGCAGGCUUUCCAGCUAAGAUGUUGCUAACGCUGACCGGAGGGAAAGGUCCAGAAGUUCUGGAGGUACAGGAGGUAUCUCUCGUGGACGUUUCUGGGCUCGUGGUGUCUAAAGGAACCACAGAGAAAAUGAGUGAUGGAAACGUCCUGGUUACAGUGACAGAGGUCCCAGAAGAGUUUGUAGUAUUGCUAAAAGGGAAAGAUAUGAUGUUCAAUAGCCUGUUCCAACGACAGACCACCACGCAGAUGUCUCAGUCCAAUCUGACCAUCAAGGUAACGGCAGAUGGGUCCAUGCUACCUGGACAAGAAUUUCAGCUCAAUUUUACUGUUACAACCAAAGGAACGGGUGGUGUCUACACAAUUCGUGCAAACACCGACAAAGACUUCAAAAUGGAACACACCUCACAACUCACUCUUGAGAGUGGAGGCAGUGUUCAAGGCAAAGUGUCUCUAAGUCCUCCUGUUGACACUGUCUCGGGCACAGACGUCACUCUUACCCUUGAAGCAGAGGCUCCCGGAGGAACCGAUUCAAAUUUUGCAGUGCUUCGUCUUUCUGUAGUCUCAAAGGCGACCGACUUAACCCCUCCAGAAUGCAAGAUGUUCGACGUACAGGGGCAUUGCUCAUCCUCCUCUUGCAGCUCAUCCAUCUGGGAAUUGUCCGUCAACAUUACGGAUGGGCAGGGCAGUGGUAUCAAGAGCAUCACCGUUCAGCAAGGCAGUGGAAAAUUCACCCAGAAUCAGGUGGAAGAUGGUGGUGUAACCAUGGUGAUGGGUCAUUAUGAGGCCUCGUGUUGUUCACCUUCCGUGACUUUGACAUCAGUUGACAAGGUGGGAAAUGUUGGGAGAUGCUCUUUUAAAAUAGACACCAGUGCUGGCUCCGCCCUCAUCAGCAUGACCCUCCCGUUGUGGGCGUGUCUACUUGCAUCCGCCUUGAGUUUGCUACAUGACACUUUCUCUUUGUGAUAAAAUAGGGAUCAUCUAAUUAAAUAGACAAAAUGUCCUUCACUUUAUCUAAAAACAUAAAGAGCUGUGAAAUAGUGUGAAGUAAAGCAUUUCAACCGAUAGGAUUAUUGACUUAUUGUUUCCAAAUAUGGAACGCUAAUAUGAAGUGCCUUUUCAAACCCUACAUACUCCAAUAAUUAAUUUUUAUGUUGACAGGUGUGACAUGGGUUUUUUAUUAACAUGGGUUUGAUUUUAUUUUAUGUAAUAUAAUUAUAAAAGGUUAUCUGUAAAUGUUUUGUGAGAUGACUUCAUGUAACGUGCUUCGUGUAAUGAGAUCUAAACUUGAUGGUUUUAUUCAAGUGUAAAAUAAGACUACAUUAGGUUACACAAACAAAUGUAAUUUCAAGAACUUUUUUAGUAAAUGGUGUCUUGUUUUAUUGUAGUUGAGAGAAAUAUCUGAAUUAUCAAAAUGCCCCAAAAUGUUGCAAAUAUGUUUUCUAAUCUGCAGUUUGGACUAUUUGUCCCACUUGGGCAAUUCCCUACACAGUGUAAACAUAAUUAAACCUUUAAACCUGUUGACUUGUGCUGUUUGCAUCUUAUUUUUCUAGGUGUGGUUGCCUUUAAGUUUGUCAAUAGCAUUUCUGUAAUGCUGUAUGUAUGAUAACGUUACACUGCCACCCAGUGGUUGAACUACUUUGCACCAUUUUCCCUUUUUUCUCCUUAUUUAAAGAGAAAUUGUGGAGCCAACUGGUUGUUUAAAAACGGGUGAUAUUAUUUUCGUGAUCACAGUUCAUGAAUAAAGGCUCAAAGGCUACUUCAGAAUGAAUAAUACUGAAAUUGAAAGUGUGUGAUUGUCAUAACAGUAUCAAUGUAAACGAUCCUUGGUGUCAGGCAUGAAUUAAAUGGGUAACGAA